AUGAGUUCGAUGAUUGGGGAAACUAAUGAUGAUGAAGAAGGUCGGACUACCUUCAACAACAAGGUUACCAAAUCAACAUCUAAAGUAUCAAAAAGUUGUGAUCAUUGUAAAUUAAAAAAAAUCAAAUGUGAUCAGACCAGACCAAGCUGCCAAAAUUGUAACAAGUUUGGUGAACAAUGUAUUUACAGUAUCAUGAAAAAACCUGGUUUAAAGACUGGUUAUGGACAACAAGUAUUGGAUCAGAUCUCUGAAUUGACAAAGUUAUUCGAAAGUAGUAAGAAACAGCAACAACUUGAAAACGAGAAUUUGAAACAAUCAAUAAAGUUUAUGGAGAACAAGUUAAAUGGAUACGAAAGGGGUAGUACGUCAUCGGAGGUCUCCACUAUAAAUGUACCACCAUCGGCUGUUAAUUCUACCAGUUUGGAAAUGAAUCAAAUGAACCUCACUCAACCUAUGAUCAAUGAUUUGAGUAUGAACGUAGAGGUAUUUGAUGAUAUUCCACCCCCAGAGAAGUGUGUACUAUUGAUAGACCAUUAUUUCAAAUACGUCAAUCCGUUUUCUCCUAUUAUUCAUCCACGUCAAAGGACUGCCAUUAUUAGUGAUAUUUCUUCCAAUAAUGCUGUUCUCUUAGGUAUACUUUCCAUAGCUGUGAAGUUGGUUGCAGGUUAUGAUGGAUACUUUGAAAGUAUCAAGAAACUCAUCAUCACAAAGUGUUAUAGUGUUAAAAGUACUGAAGAAUUAACAGCUAUAACCUUACUUGCUUUGGCAUUAUACGGAGAACUGAAUAAUCAUGAAACUUGGUCCAUGGUUUCCUUAGCUAUUGGAGGUGUUAUCCAUCUUGGACUUGGGGAUGUCUCUGGAGAAGAGAAUAAUUGGAGAGAAUGGAUUGAUAGUGAGACUAAGCGAAAUUUAGUAUGGGAGGUCUAUAAGUUGGAUAAAUUAUCAAGUAUGGGAAGUCACUUCAAUAGUCAAAUGGCUACACCUAAAUGCUUAUUACCUUUAGAUACUCAAUAUUGGCUUAAUCUCUCUACGGGGUUCCAACAUCAAACCAGAACGCUUACUUAUCGUCCUGAGCUGAAUUGGUAUGGUACCAAUAGUCUUAUUAUUGAGAUUCUUCAAUUGAUGGAUGAAUGUUCAAGUUUCAGAAGAAGUCCUUUAGAUAUUCAUGAAGUCAAAGACUUGUUAUCCUGGCAACUACAAUGUUAUGAGUUCGAUCAUAAGAUCAUCACUUGGAAGAACCAAUUAAGUCCCAAGAUGUCGGAAUUCUUAGAUAGUGAUAAUAAUUAUAAUGAUAUUAUCAAUGAUCCGUUGGCUGUAUUGUUACAUGCGUUGUAUAACACUUUACUUAUCAGAUUACAUUCUCCAGCAGCUUUCUCCAAUUCGUUGGAUAAAUAUGUAUCAUCACAAACCUCCAAAUCAAGAUGUCUUAAAGCCGCAGGAAGAAUCUUAUCAUUACUGAAAUUACCUCAUGAAGAUCUCGGUCCUUAUUAUCCUUUUGCUAUCUGGGUUAGUGGUAGAGUGUUGUUGGUUAAUCAUAUCAGUAACCGUGAAGACAUUAGUCAAGAUUUCGAAUAUUGUAUAAAUUUACUUCGGUCUAUGGGUUACGGAUGUGCUGCUAGGUAUGCCGAUAUAUUGGAAUACUUCAAAGAUGAUAAGGUGAUAGAUUCACCUGAGUUCCAUGAUCAUCCCUCCACUGGAAGUUAUAGUGAAGAAGCCAGAUUGAUUAUUGAUUUAAAAUUGAAUGCUUCAAGUUUGGAUUCUUUGUUGAGCAGGAAGGUGGAGAGAGUAAGAAAUAAGGAUAAUGGACUUGAUGAUGAUGUUUUUGAUUGGUUCAGGUUACCUUUGGAGACUUAG